GGUCAAUGAAGGCGCGUCACCCGUCUCCGGGGUGAUGCGGUGAGCGCCAGGCCCCGCCCCAGACUUGCGAGUGGUCGGGUCGGUUGGAAGGAAGAGAGACGCAGGCUGAGCUCCCAUUGGCUGGCGCUGUCCCCGCGGGCCGGUGCUGGCUCCCCUCACUCCGGGGAGGGAAGGACUAAAGAUGGCGAAGACGUACGACUACCUGUUCAAACUGCUGCUGAUCGGGGACAGCGGGGUGGGCAAGACCUGCCUGCUCUUCAGGUUCAGCGAGGACGCCUUCAACACCACCUUCAUCUCCACCAUCGGUCAGUACCCACCCUGCCCUCACUGCACUGCCAGGGCUGCCCUCACUGCAUGCCCCCUGGCCCACCCCAGCUGCCCUGGGCUCCAGCUCCUGGGGGAUGACUCGCAGUGCAUCCUGGGAAAUGGAGUCCACACACAGCUGGAGUGCCAGGGGGGGUUCCAGUACCAUUGCUGGCUGCCCAUGGCUUCCCUGGCUGCUCUCAGGAUCCAUGCCAGGGCUGGCCCAGUCCUGCAACUCCCUGGGGGUCCUGGCAAGGCAUCUUGGGAGUUGUAGUUCUUCAGCAACUGGAGAAACUUACCUUUUUACCCCAUCUCUAGUCUACUCUAGCCCCUUAAGGACCAAACUUCUGGAAUAAAAGGGAAUCGUGACAUGUCACACAUGUCGUGUGUCCCUAAGGGGCUAGACUCUUAAGCUUGUUUGAGCAAGGUCCUCCUCAGCCUAAUGUUCCUGUAACAUACUGUAAUUGUCUGAUUUAUUGCUAAAUCCCCCCACCCCCUCUCCCCCUUUUUAUAAUAUUGUAUGGCGCUGCGGAAUAGGUUGGCGCUAUGUAAAUAUAAUAAUGAUGAUGAUGUUAUUCAGUAUCUCCAUAAAACUGACUCAGCCUCUAGCUGCUGUACUUGUGUAACUGGCAUCUCCUUUUGGAAUCUGUAACUUCUCUAUGCUGAGCUGGUCCCCACCCUGCCUGCCGCUCCUCUAGCUUUCAAUGUUAUUUCAUUAAAGUUUUAAGUAAAGCUUAUAUUUGAUUUAUCUCCCUGUGUGCUGCCGUUUUAGUGAUCUUUGUUUGGGAGCAGCCUGUACCCAUCUAGAGAUCACUCUGUUGUUUUUUUUUGUGUGUUUUUUUGCCCAGCAGCACAGUGUACGUAGGUGAUCAGCAAUGAUGGCUGGCGUCAUUGCAUACAGGAAAAGUAAGAGUUAUACUCUGUCAGGUGGGCACACGUUUCCAACUGAGGAUAAAUUUGGAGCUCAGUGUAAGCGCCAAUAUGACAUCAGUUUAUUAAGUGGUUUUGAAAAUGAAACCAGUGAUGUUUUUGAGAGCCCCCAUCAUUGUCAGAUCACUCUAUAAGAGUUUGAUUCUAACUUGGGUGAUCCUGCCACCAUAACCACUUGAGUGAAAUGUGGUAGUUUUGGUGCUUCGAGUGCUACUUUCAGUGUGACACUUAACAUUUGUAGGUUACAUUAAUGGAUUUAAUGUUUUCAUUUAGCUUUUCUUUUGAAUUAGUUAUGUAGUUUUGGCAUGACAUAUAAAAUUCACACUGUAGUGAUAAACGCUGACGGACAUGCUGUAAGCUGUAAAAAGAUUGCUGGGAACUUACAGCUUGAAUGGCCACACUAUACAAGUUAAACUGUCUUGGGUUCUGAAAUCACGGCAAUAGCUUAUAUGCAUUAAUAGAUGCUAUAACUUAUAAUUCAAAGAACGUGGUGAUCGUGGGGUUGGAACGUAAAAAUAGUUUGAUAACCAAAUGAUUGUCUUAAUGGAAACCUGGCUUUGACUUCAGCUUCAGAAAGAGGUUUAGGAGGGGAAAAGGAAAUAGACAAGUAGCAAGGCAAAUAUCGUAUUAUCUAAUGAUUUCCCUAUUUUUAUUUUAUUUUCUAUAUUGUUUCAGAUAAGUGAUGAGCAUAUUAUAUUGGUAUUCGGUUCAUUGCUAAUGUAAUAUUGACACCCAUAUGGGGUAAUUCCCUAAACUGGGAUUUGCGGAAAAGUAGCAAUAUUUAUGACUACUUUUUAAGGAAAGCUAUACCAUUAUGAAUACAAGCCUCUGUUCUUAUUGAAUUAUUUUUAUUUUUUAUCCAGAGCCAAUAUCGAGUCCAUGUAGAUUCUGUAUCUGCCUCCCGUGAUGUCACUCUGUCUGUUCUAAACAUCCAAUCCAAUGCGUCUCUCAUGAACACAGCCAUUAGUAGCAGUUUUAAAGGGCACCCGUCAUGCCCCAAAUGACAUAUGCUCAUUAGAUUGAGGAUAGAAUUCUAUCUACAAACUGUGCUAGCAAAUGUAUAGAUUAGGAGAAAAACCUAUUUAAGAGCAGUCUUUUCUCCCAGCUGUUAGCCAAUGCCUUGGCACGCAGAGACAUUGACUGACAAGGUAGAGCAUAAAAGACAUCCCAUUUGAGGUUUACACACAGCUGGGGCAUAUAGAGUGAUGUGAUGUUGCCAGCAUGUCGACCACUGAGGUGCUUUACCUGCCUGGGGAUGUGCCCCCAAACAGGGGGGAUGGCCCGGAGAUGGGUGUAACAUGAGUAACUUCCACGUAGUGUCGCUGGAACGGAGGAAAGGCGAAUAAAUAAAUAUAUUUUACAUUGAAUACGCCAUGUAUAUUUGUGAUAUAUGGUAUAUUUAAUGUAUAUGGAAGUGAUUUCAGGUACAUUGAAUUUUUUCACAACGGGUUCAUUCUAACCCUGCAAUGUAAGAAUUAUUGUAUCUACUAAUUUACAUUGUCAGGGUUAAAACUAUAGGACCACUGCACCGAGGCCAUAUCAUUGAGAUGAGGUGGUCUGGUUGCCUUUAGGGGUCCUUUAACAAGACUCAAAAGCAAUACAAAAUUCCGUUCUAUAAUACGCAGUAUUGCAAUUUUUGAAGACAUUAAGGUGGAAAAACACAUCCGUUAUUAAAUUCACAUAUUCCAAUUUGGAUUGUAUUAUUUCACAUAUGCAAGUUCUGUAGUAAAUGUUUGGUGAUUACCCAACAUCCACAGACAAUCAUUUAAUAAAACAUCAUAUUAAAAUAUUAAUUUCAUGUACAUGUUUUGUUUAUGUUCAAUAAUUCCUCUUAAACAUGCUUUGUUUAAUGCAGAGUCAUGUAAUCUGUAUAGGCUGUAUAUGGAUCAGCUCUCUUUUGUGGGAGGAGAGAGCCCAGUACAAGUUAGAUGCACUACUUGUACAAAAUGAAUGCAGGCAGCCCAGUGCACCCUUUCUGAUUGACAUCAUUAAGGGUCAGGCUUAGAGCUGUAACAGUUGUUUAUUUACUUCAACACAUUAUUGCAGUUCUAGGCAACUCUGUGCUGAGAAUCGGCAAAUGGUGCUGUAUGCACCACCAACUUUUCGAUAAUGUAAGUGUUUUGGUGGUGGUUCAAGUACCCCGUUAAUUAUCAAACUGCGACUGCUAUUAACAUUGCUUGAAAGUAUUGUGUAAAUGUAGAGAUUUUCCCUCCACUUUUUCCUUUUCCCAUAGUAUCUUCGAUGAGGGAAUCUUCCCAGAAUCCCACUACCUCUACUAGAUCAUUUAAACAAUUAUAGGUUACGAUUCUGAAUGUGCAGGAGCAGUCCAAUGAUUAGGGAUCUGUUCUAAUUUUUGCAGUGUGACCCACAAUAUUGUGUUUUAUAAUGGCAGUUUUGCUUGUUUUUUUUUUGUAUAUUAUUUUUCAAUGCAUGGAUUCGAAGAAGACUGUGUUCUGUAAAAGCAUUGCUCCACAUUGCCCUUUUAGCAGUACUGUGGCAUGUAGGCGGUCAUGACUGUUAGAAAGUGGCAUCAUAUUCAGGGAACAAGGCACAUGUUUGUAUUCUAAUUAACUCUCAUGCGGUCAGUUUACAAUAAAUACGUAGAUUGUCACGUUGUGAUCAGUUUGUACACUGUCACGGAGUGACCUUUGGACAAGCAUUAACUGUUGGUAACAUAUCAACAGCAUGUAGGUAUUACACAAACACUUGAAAUACAAUAAGCAGUAAAUACCGAGAUAUUUUUUGCAUGUUGUUUUGUAUUACCGAGUCUUAAAUUCAAUCACCAUAUUUUGUGUCCGCAGUAGACAGAGAACGAGAUGUACAGCUUGUAUAUCUGCUGAGUGGCAUGAUGACUCAUUAUGGCUGUAUUGUCGUUCUCCCUCCUUGGUAACACUAUAUCUACACCCACUCUUACUCUGCUAAUUGCCAGUCUGCUCCCCAGAGCUAGCAAUCUUAUUUGUGAAUGGAUAUGGGGAACAGAUUUUAAUGGCAAUGCAUUAAUAUAUGCUGCAUGCUUUUAUGAAAACUGAAAGGUUUAAACUGCUUGUGAACUCCCACAUCCUUCCUGAAAGCGUAUGAUUUUAAGAGUGUGUUCUUUGUUUAAUUGCCCUUUUUUUUUCAUCGUAGGUAUUCUAAUCAUAGCCUUUUUAAUUCUUUCAGAGAAUAUAAUUGACAGUAUGUAUACUAAUAUACAAUUUCAAGUAGCACAUUGGUUUUGUGAAAGCAAACCGGUUUAAAUCCGUUUUACCAUGAUUUAUAUUUUUUAUAUUUCUCUCAGUGCGUCCCUCCCCUUUUCCCCCCUGGAUAACAUUUAAAAAUUCAGUAAAACUUAACUGGAAUCCAACUCGAGGUAACUCGAUUAUUUAAAUGCCUCCUCUGGAGUCAUCGUCUUAUUUGUCAUGGUCCAGAGACAAUGCAGUGUUUACAUUAUGCCGGUAAUACUUUUUAGUGGCAGUCACUGAGACGGCUACUAGAGGUACUUCCUAGCCCAGCACAGCACUGGCGUUCAGUGUCUCCACGCUUUGCAUGGAGGCGCUGAACGUUUCCCAAAGAGAUGCAUUUAUUCAAUGCAUCUCUAUGAGAAGAUGAUGUUGGCACAGCUUGGUGUCUUGUCGCGCAUGCGCAAUAGCCUCUCAAUGCUUCAAUAUGGGAAAGCAUUGAAUUGACCGAGAUCAAGUUUGAUGAUCUCAGCCAUAGCGAGAUUGGUACGGUUUGGGAGAAAAGGCGAAUAAAAUCACUUUUUUUUUUUUUUACUGUAAACAGAUGCAGUCUGUGACAUAAAUAGUUAUUUUACGACUACAGUGUCAAGAAUACAUGUUUGUUCCUUUUUAGUGAGUUAACCCUGUUUGUAUCAUGUGAUCUCCUGGUGUGACCAUGUAAAGAAAGUGCGUGUGUUCCAGAUACUGUGUCCAAUAAAGAAGGUAUUAUAAGAUAUUGCAAUAUGCAGUUACUGGGCUAAUACUGUAACUCCUACAUACAGCGCGUGUGACUGUGCAUGUAUGUACACACCAAUACGCCUAGCUCGAGAAAAACCCCACAAACGGUCCUCUUGAAGCUAUUUCAAAACUGAAUGACAUUUGAAUCCUUUAGGGGAUUCCCAGUGUGGUUUUUACACUGAUAUAUCCAGUUUGUGAAACUGAAAAUCAUGCUUUCACCUUCCUGUAGCCUACUCCAUUACCUUCUCCCUCGUACCCCUUACCAUUUCCAUCUUUCAAAUUGCUGAGUUCAUUGUGAGUGUUUUAAUCUCCAGUGCUUAUAACCAAAUCAGAACCACAUCCAUCUGGUUCUGUGUCUUGGCCUAUCUGACCAAUAGGUUAGUAAUAUUUUCAAGGGCUCAUGAUUUUCCUGUCUGUAGCACUUAUUGAAUACCUGAGUACCCUUCAUUUAGAUUGUAAGCUCAUUGGGAUAGAGUUCACUUCACCUACUGUCCCUGUAUAUCAUACGUGUUUUGUUACAAUUAAAUGUUUGUCUUGUUUACCUACUGUACAGCACUGCGGAAUAUGUUGGCGCUAUAUAAAUAAUUGCAAUUGUAAGCAUGUAAAUAACUCAUGAUGUCGCAGCAAAAUGAAGGUUAACACUUUCCAUGCCCAUGUCAUAGUGAACAUGAGAUCGAUCCAGUGAACACAAAGUGACGUGUGUAUGUGUACUUGAUUUGCCUUACUGUAUUUAUCACAUCUGCACAAGUCCUCAAAACUGACUGCGUGAUAAACAUAUAAACCUGUCCUAUUACACAUGUUUUUUAAAUGUUUCUCAAAGCUCAUCAAUCGCACAUAAUUAUUUAUACACAGGUAUGUCAUUGGGUGGCUAAGCUCUCGAUACAAUUAUCUUUGGUAAUAGUUUUCAAAUUGUCACAAUCUGUUUUUAAGAAAAUAAAUUUAAAAAAAACUUGUUUCAAAUUAUUUAUCUACAAAAAAAUCCCAUAGACUUUAAAUGUGAUUUCUGUAUAUAACGAAUUUCUAGAACUUUUUUCUUCUUCUAACAGAUUAUGAUGAUUUGAGGUGUACGGUGGGUUUUCUGAACUCAUGGGAUCUAGGAUAAGGGAGAGUUGAGGUAGAUCCCCCUAGAAUUAUACCUCCAAUGAUCAUAAGUGUGCGCAAGAAGUGUGCUAAGACUAGUGCAUAUAUUUUCAUGUUGGACUCAAUUGUCCUCACUGUUUCCUGUCUAAAUUUGAAUUUAGCAUUUUGGCAAAUUAGAAAAAAAUCUCUCUAUUCCACUUGGCUAUUUUUUCCUUAUACCUUAAAUUCACAUUGAAUUCUUGGCUAUGCUCUUUUAGCAAAUAACUGUGUUCGUAUUCAUUGGUAACUUUUUGUUUGCUCGAUAAAUGCAAACGAUUAUUUUGAUGGUUUUCUAUAAAAAUCCCAGUGUGGAUGCAAUGAUGAAAUGUGCUGUGCAAAACGUUUGAGUUUGAAAGAAUUAAAGGACCACUUCAGUUUAAAGGACCACUAUAGUGCCAGGAAAACAUACUAGUUGUGAAGGGAGUUUUUCUGAGUCAGUCAAAAAGUAAAAAUUGAUGUGUUCAGGAUUCUCACAUAUAUUCUUGCACUUCCCUAAAUGUUCCCUAAAUGUUUUACUUAUAUCAGCAGAAUUUCUAACACCGCAUUAGUAGUUCAUGUGAAACGUGCCUAUAUUAGUAUGUAAUGGUAAACAACAUCCUUUUUACCUUUUUUAUUUUUUUUAAAUUUUUUUUUUCUUCCCCCUGCUUAAAGCAGCCUUAAUAAAGCAUACAAUCUAUACGCAGACGUCUUUGUAAAGCAUAAACACAGCUUUCAGUUUUACAGAGACGCUGUAUGUGUAACAAUAACAGAAUAAAACAUAAUUUCCUGGAGACUGGACAAUUCAGUAGGACCAAAGCUUGCUCAGUCCAUCAGUUGGUACAUCAUCAGAUGAGAUCAAAUGCUGCAGAUGUCUCUUGCUGUCCACUUACUGAUUCUAUACUGUUCUAAUCACAGGUUUUUGAAUGGAGUUAUAGAUGGUACUGCAGCUUUGGCUGCAGGAAGUGGGACAUGUAUAGUGGGGACACAUUAUACACAUUGGGCAGGCAUAAGGCCCUAUAAUGAUCUAUAGGAGCAAAUUGCAGCUGUUAUAAAAUGCUGGACAGGGACAAUGCCUCAUUCCUGUAACAGUGUACAGUGCAAGGAGCAUAGCUUGUCCUAGUGCAAGGAGUGUCCCUUUAAGAUUUACAUAUAUGUGUAUAUAUAUAUAUUUCAGAGAGUCCUUUGCUGGGAGACUGGAUUGAAAUAACCAGAGUACUGUUAAUGACUUUCUCAGACCAUGUGCUGCAGGUCACAAGUAAAAGGAAUUUGCUUAUAAUAGACAUUGGGACUCUUAAUGAAAGCAUUCCUCAGAAUAAUUGCUGACUUUAUGACUGACUGUAUUGAAAUCUGGAGCAGUGAAAGGACGGCAGUGAAGAGCCUAUCACUGGCCAUCCCUUGUGAAUACAGGUUUAAAAUGUCCGUACACUUACAUGCGAUGGGUGACCAAUGAUAGAAUGAGAUCAGCUGACUUCAGUCCUUUUUAUAUCUUUGCCCGUACACUAGUGCCUGUUAUUCUAAACUCCAACCCUUAUUUGAAUUGUCUGCCAUCACUCUUAGACUGAGGUCUCUGACCCAGCAUUUCAGUGUUUUACACUCCAUGUGGAAUAUGUCAAAAACAAAGCUUUAUAAAGAACGAUUGUGGGGGCAAAGUUAUAAAUGUGGUGGGCAAGACACCAAGAGCAUCCCACUUGUUUCCAUGGUGAUAGCUGCAUGGUUAUAACUUUAUCCCAGUAUUACUUUUAAUGUUCAGUAAUGUGAAAUGUUUUUUUUGUUUUGUUUGUUUUUGUUUUUUUUUUGAGUACGUAUUCAUCUCAUGACAAAGAGCUGAAUAGUUAACUUUGUAGUCUGUCUCAAUGGAACUUCAAACUUACUCCCCAGGACUUGUAAUAUUCUAUUUACAUACCCCUUAAAUUUAGCAAAUAUGUUUAGUGAUUUCUGAAAAAUUAUUUAUAAAUAUAGAAACCUAUCCUCGGAACUAGGCAUCGGCAUCAUCAUUCUAAAUCAGGGGUAGGCAACCUACGGCACUAGUGCCAUGCAUGGCACUCGAAGUGCCUUUGCACGGCACUCAAGGCUACAAGAGCCAAACAGGCUCUGGCCUGUCAGGAGUCCCAGUGAAACUUCAGAUAUCUGCUAAUACGCAAAAGGUGGUGAAGAACAAUCCUCCAUUUAUGCAUUGCACCACGUAGAGGAAGUGAUCUCACAUCACUUCCUCCCAGCACACUGGAGUAGAGCAGCCCACAGCUUCCUAUUGCAGCUUCUGUCCUUGAGCUGUACCUGGGCAACCUGGUGCCCACUAAAACCCAGGGAAGCCUCCCACACUGCUAUAUAUAUAUAUAUAUAUAUAUAUAUAUAUACACAGAGCUGCAGAAUAACCCUCCCCUCAUGCAAAUAAUGCAAACAGCUCACACACAAACACACAUACAGUCCGCACAAACACACCACCACUAACAAUCCACAUACAUACACACAACCCCACAUGCAGCCUCUCACAUACAAUACCCCAAACAGCCCCACACAUUACCAAAUACACAGUGUGACAUGUGACAUAUCCAUCCACACACAAUUCCACAAGCAGCCCCCAUACACAGCCCAAAUUCAUAGGUAUCCUACACAAUACCACAAACUACUCAUGAACAUAUACAAUAUAAUAGCUCAUGUACGCACAAAUACAACGAUACAAAGCAACAGCAGUAUAAAUAACACAAGCAGAAUAUGGCAACAUGCACACCUCAAUUUAAAGAAAUAGGACCGACACGCUACAGGACAUCACAAUCAUCACAGUGCUGCUAAAAGGUUGCCUACCCCUGUUCUAAAUAUUACCUGGCAUUUUAAAACAUUGAAUUUAAAGCUUUGAAACUGUGUUUCUCUCUGUGUCCUGGCUGUGCAUGAGCUGAAUUGGAUUAUGAGGUCACUUCCUAGAUUUUUAAAGAACCAGUUUGGGCAGCAUAACCACUUUAUCAGUAUGACAUUGGUAUUGUGCCCUGAGGUCCCUGGACUAGCUCACCUUUUAGGGGUUAAACCGUUUGUGAAUGGCUUAACCCCGAAGUCUGUGUACCAUCCCCGUAUUGCUCGAUCCUUCCGCUAUCUGAAAUCUUAGCUGGGAUAGGGGGGCCGUGGAUUGACUUAGGGCUGUCAGCUGCCAGUUAGUAGCUCCCCAUUCAUUAAAAAAACAAACGUAAAUGUGUGCCAGCACCUGGGACUUGCUUGCACCAUAACUUAAUUUAGAUGUUGCUAUGGUACCUAAAGUGUUGCUUUUUAACCCCUUAAGGACCAAACUUCUGAAAUAAAAGGGAAUCAUGACAUGUCACACAUGUCAUGUGUCCUUAAGUGGUUAAGGACCACUAAAGUCACCAGGACAUGGUCUGGCUGCAGUGGUCUUGUCGUUUUAGCAAUGCAAUGUAAGACACGGUCUUCAGGACAGGACAGUAACUAAAGGAUCAUCUGCUGCACUGACCCAGUAAAACUGUCACUUGAUGCAGAAUCUCAUAUGAAGCGUUGAAUACAAUACUUUCCUUCGAGGAAACCUGGGUGACCUCUAUGUGCCCAUGCAAAUCAGGUCCCAAUGCUCUUAGAGAAGGCCGUGACACCACAAGAACAUCGCUGUUGGAGUCUUGGAACUAGAAAAGGGUGAGUAAAAAGCUUUAUUUGGUUAAUUUUUAUGGAAAAGUUGGGGAGGGGGGUUGUGGUUAUAAAUAACGAGGGAAAGGUCACUAUAGCAUGAGGAAUACAGGUUUAUAUUACUAAAGUUAUAGUUUCUUUAAUUUCAAACAAAACAGAGCAUCAUGGGAAAAAUCAUUUAACAUGACUUAUUGAAUAAAGUUGGAGGGACAAUGUUUUUACAUAUUGUCCGAAACUCUUGCCCAUUGAUAUAUAUGUAUAUAUACUUUCAUUAAUAAUUGAAGCAAUAAACUUUAUAUUUUUUUAGACAAUCUUUAUUUACGUAGUCAUCCGUGUUUCAAAACAUAGCAGGGAGCAAUAAACUAGAUUAUGAAAUGUGCACCCCAAAAUGUCAGCAAUCCAAAUACGUAGAUACUUUAUGUUGGCAGCAUUGUGAGUAGUUGGAGCCUUUAGGCUUUAUAUUCCCAAUUUAGUUUGAAACAUAUAGGCAAGCAAACCUCGGAGCCUUACAUUUUUGAGAAAUGGAGAAAAUAAAAUUAGAAAUAAACUAGGCAAAGUCUGGGAUUCUACCACCAGAGUGGUAAACCAGGCCAUUUUAACUGAGUAGUUCCAUAUUUUAUUUAAUUGUGUAUAUUUGUAUUUAUUUUGUUUUUGCCAAGACUGUUAGCAGGUUGACCUUGAUGUUCUUCACCUUCACAUUGCAGUUGUUUUCUUGCCAGAUAAGUUAUCAGAUUAUAGCAUUUGACCAAUGAUAAAUAGAAAGGAGGCCGUAUAGCAGAGUAUUCUACAGUAACCGUGUAGAGCUGUUUCCACUGUAGGUGUUUUCGUUGAUGUGCUAGCUAGAUGAUGCCUGUAUCACUCAGAUGUAUCUCCAGCAUAAACCUGGAGACUAUUUAUUUUGUCUUUCUUGCAAAUUUGGAUUUCAAACUUGCAUUUUUAAAGUUUAAUGCACAGUGUGACUGAUCCUGUCGGAACUCAUGAUGUUUCCCCAAUUCCUAUGGUUUAAUGUGAGAUACAUAGAAAUAUAAUAAACCAAUUAAAAAAAAAUGUAAGUCCCCCGCCACCCCCCCAUCAUUCUCUUCCCCCAACUUGCUCUUGUAGGAUAUUGAUCGAGGGACCGUGUACUUGAACUCUCCUCCCGGGGUCAGCCCUGCUUAUCAUUGCACUCACCUGAUUGUAAUAAGCUGGUAGCAGCCUGUUUGGUUGCUGUCAGUUUAUAUAGCAGUUUGUCAUCCAGUGUGACUGAUACUGUGGGAUAACCUUCUCACCUACAAACUGCUGCAGGACAAAGGUUUUUAAGAUCGGAUCACCUCCCAUGGACCAGAAUUAGAGACUACUGACUGAUCCUGGGGAGAGAAAUGUCUGCCUGGUACUGAUUUUAUUUUUUUAUUAAAGGCAUUUUAAAAGCACCAACUGUUCUGAAAAUAUUACAAUGUGAACAGACCAUUACAAAAGGUAGAGGGCCCUGCCGGUGAGCAGAGAUCUAGUCCCUGAAGAUAUUUUAUACAGAGUACUUCGCUAGGUAGCCCUUGAGCUUACAAUCUAAAGGUUAAAGUGGGGAGAUGAGACCAGAGGUAGCAGAGGAAUUUGGAGGUGAUGGCAGACAUAAUUAAUAGUAUAAUUGCAGUAACUGGUCACAUGUGAAGGGAACGAGGAGGUGAUUGACUGUACCAAACAGCUGGAAGAGCAUGCGAUAUAGGUGGUUAGUGGGCAGAGCUGAGCAGAAAUGAAGUGGAUUUGAUUUAGAUGGAUUGUGGAAUUGGACCUAAGGAAUAGAGAUACAGUUAUUUGAAGGAAUUUACAGAUAGGAGUGGCAAUGUAUUUUGCCAACUAAGUUACAUCAUCCAAAAUAUCAAUAACUACAUGUGACUGCACGUACAAAAUAUUACAGUAGUAGAUUAUUAUUAGAAUAAAUUAAUGUAGUAACAAAGGUGAAAUAAAUUCAGUGGUGUUUAUUUAAAUACUGUUUCUUUAAGAGUGAAUGCGUGAUGCAAAAUGAGAAGGUAGUAGUCCGUCUGUAUUGUUAAACACAGCAUCCUUUUUUUUCUUUUUAUGUACUUGACUAAUUUGCUAAAUCUUUUCCAGCGAUAUUGUUAAUAUAGAUAAUUGUACAUUAUCAACGUUCUCAUUCUAUACAGAUUUCUGCACUUAGGAUGUCAAAGCAGUACAUUUCAGGAAGUGGUCUAUUAUCACAGUACAAACCAUGACGCACAGAGCCUGCUUCCUGCUCGAAACAAUAGAGUAGACUGUGUGUAUUAAUAUUUCAACGUGAAGAUAUUCGUACAUCAAGCCCUCUACAAGCAGGGGAUUGGCAAGACCUUUAGUAAAUUCACUGUAUGGGUGGCUAUGGCAGGCAUUAAAAAAGACACAAGAAAAAGCAUUAUUGAAAAUGCAAGUAUUAUGGUUCUGGCUCAACUAAAUAAUUUGUCACUUCUCCUAUUGUCUUUUCUGUUGGCCUGAAUACAGGAACUCACAUUGAAUAGUGGAGUGCUGAAUAUGUAUUUUGUUCUUGGAACACAAUUGACGAAGCAUAUAAAGGGACAUUAUACACAUCCUUAACACUCCAGCUAUGGGUGUAGUCCCUCGCAUGUUUGUCAGGCUAUUUUUUAGUGACAAAUUGACUCUGGGGCCCAUGUCAGGUGAACAGUGUCCAAAAGGUUAAAGGUGCAUUUGAGUCCCAGUUACUCGCACAAAUGUUUUUGGUGCAUAAUAAUGCAUUUAAACCUUACAGUAAUGACGUCCUUUGUCAAACCUGGGUGCAUCCAAACCUGGGGCCAGCACCAAGGCCCAAGAGGUAGUUUUUAGUCCCAGAAGAAAGGGAAAUGUCCAGGUACUCCAAGUCUUAGUCAAAUUUAUUGGAAGUACAGUAUCCAGCAGCAACGCUUCGACCAAAAGGUCUUAUUUCAAGCUUCAAAAAGACCCUUUGGUCAAAAUGUUGCUGCUGGACACUGUACUUCCAAUAAACUUGCCUAUCUAAGACACGGAGUGCCUGGACAUUUUUCUUUCCUCUGUGACUAUAAACAGGUGAAUGGUGACCAUAUUACCAUACCAUAAUCUCUACAGUGAGCUGUAGUAGUUGUGGUGUUGGUUUGUCCCUUUACUUAACCCUUCCCUUUUUGUCAGUCUAUAUAAUAGAAAUGUUAACGGUUGUUUGCAGAAUCUAAGAACACAGUAGACCACCCUGAUAUUCUUGUGAACCACAGAAAUAGAACGGUAAAUGGAGCUCUCUAUAAAAUAUUCAAAAGAUGUUGAAUGGUAGCACUUUCAUAGGUUUCCCAUUCUAUUCUCAGCCCUAGGUUUGUCCUUACCCAAAGUAAGCCAUUUAGUUUAUUUUGAAUUCUAAGAGUCUAUAAUUCCCUUGGUUCUAGUUGGAGAUCCUGCUCUAAAGGGCCAAUGAUAAUGUUCAAUAUCCAGUUAAAUGGCAAUGUCUACUGAUACUUGAAUGGUAGGACUGGAAAUGUUUGUAAGAGUGAAGUAAAAUUCUGCAUUGAGAUGGGAGACAAAGGAGAACAUUCGUAAAGGGAGUGGAAUGGGAUCCAUGAGUAAUUGGAGUCUGUUUGCCUGAGGUUACCUUUGAAUGAGGGUGCAUGCUGGAGGACAAUGCUUCAAUCUCUGUAAAAUUCAGGGUUUUUUGGAAUGUCCUAUUUACGGGGUUUUUAAUAUAAAGUCUACCUAUCCAUAAUUCGCAAAUGUGAAAAAUACAAAUAACGCUAGCAUUCAACAUCUCUUUUUAUUCUGCAACCUCAAUUCUUCACCAUCACUCACUGCCAAUCAUUGUUCUAAGAUCUGUACUUUGCACCUGGCAAUCUGCAUAGAGAAAUCAGACAGGGAAGAGGAGAAAUAAAACCUGUUCUUAUUUGCAUUAAGUGCCUGACUAUGCCUGGAUUGCUAAAUCUUUAAUAUAUUAUUUAAGAGAACAGAGCAUCAGGUGACAAAAUGCGAACAAGUCAUAGAUGAUUGUCAAUGUUCUAUUUAGUGGUAGAAUUUCCAGAGAACUUGAAGUGUCCCUUUAAGGUAAUGUCAGAUAUUGGUAGAAUAGAAUAUGUGCGAGAGAAGAGGUGGAAGUGAGGUAAAAGAUGAGUCACCUUUUGGACAUGAAAUUUCCGUAUGUGUCUUCUCUGUUUUUGGAAAGCAUGAGGUAAUUGUUCAGUGUUUGGAAUACAUACAGCAAGUUGUUUUGAUUUAUAAAGCGCUAACCUAUUCCACAGGACUGUACAAUGGGUAGAGGAAUCAAACAAGUGAUGGCAAAUAUAUGAUUAUGGGAACAACAGGAGGCUAGGGAUCUGCUCAUACGAUGACAGACAAUGAUAAGAUGUGGGUUUCAUUUGGGGAAAUAUGUGCCUGUUCAUUUAUUGUAAAGAGCUCCUGGAAAAGAUCACUGAGCGGUGCCUGUGUGGAAAAAAUGAUACAUGUCACGGUGGUAAGUCACUGCUUCUCUAUGCGUGGCGUGUAGUGACUGACACACGUGUGUCCUCUGUCCCAGUUGAUCGCUACGAGAAGCAUUGAAUUGGCCGGGGGAUCAUCACUAGUCAUGACAGAGUGCUGGUGGUUUAGACAGAAUUUUUUUUUAAACAUUGGGGAGGCCCUAAAUCUAAAAUAGAUGCUGGGAAACGCCAACAUUAGAAGUAGGCAAAAUAGCAAAGUGGUAGCUAUAGCUAAUUCCACCCCGCCGCCCCCCACACACACUCUAUCCUUAGUAAAAACUAAUUUUUUUUUUUUUUUAAAUUGAAAGUUCUAAAAAAUAUUUCUGGGUUUUGUCUUAUUUUCUGGAACCUACAAACCUAUAACACAUAUGCCUAACAUGGACGAAAUGGCUGUUUUUUGUAAACAUACAUGCGUUUUGUGUAUAUAUAUCUUAGAGUAAACCAAAAUAUAUAUCUGUAGCAAAAUUGCAAGAAAUAAGGUUUUUGGGGUCCUGAUGUAUGCAUUAUAAUUCUUAAAGGGACAUUCCAUUAAAAUAGCAGAUAUAUUGAUCUCCCCAGUGUGCAACUGUAUCACAAAGCUUCCUUGCUGGAAUCCGCAGUUAGGAUGCAUGCCUCAAAAGGAGACCUACAAUGGGUAGACAUGGAGAGCUCCCGGGUUCCUGGUAAUUCCUUAAUCGAUGUCCUAUGGACACCUAAACAUCUUAGACAUAAAACUCUACUGCUAUUCCCAUCCACGAUCCCCUCCAUUCAACACUGGGACCAAUUUAGGGCAGAGUCAUAAAUUUCUCAAGGACACCCCACUCUCCACUUUAUCAGCAUUAUCACCAUGAUUUACCUCCGCUCCUGGCUUCAAAAAGGUGUAAAAUAUAUAGAUGUAGUAUGCAAUCAGGGAACUAUUGUACCCUUUCCAGAACUACAAAGCAAAUGCCAACUGCCAAAUUCGUAUAUUUUCCAGUACCUACAACUAAAGAGUAUAAUAAUGUCACACGUCCAAACAAACCCUGACUCAAAACCACCACUAUCCACUGCGGUGAGCACCAUCAACGGUAGAGGCAAAGCUUCACCCAAGAAACCCAAGGCCCUCUAAGAAUGCUACAGGGCUUUGAUGGAGUUGAUGCCCGAUAGGGAUUUCCCCUUUGCCAAACAAUGAUCCUUGGAGUAGGGAUCGACCGAUUAUCGGUUUUGCCGAUAUUAUCGGCCGAUAUUCGGCAAUAUGGGUAUCGGCCAAUAGAGAUACCGAUAUUGCCGAUAAUACAUACCGGGACCAUUACAAGCCCAGCGGUCCUGGGGUGCCCGCAGCAAGUGCUUAAUUACCUUUCCCAGCAGCUCCCUUCCGCUCCCUGUGUAAUUUUUAGCACAAGAUGUCUGUUGAUAUAAAUAUUCUGACAAUAUAUAUAAUUUUAUUUUUUAGCGUAUUUACUUAUUUAUUUUAUAUUAUAUAUAAAUAUAUAUUUAAUCAAUAUCAUUCCACGUGUAUUUUGAUAUUAAUAUAUAUAUUAAACUACACUUGGACUGUGUGUGUGUUUGUGUGUGUGUGUGUGUGUGUAUAUAUACAGACAGAGGGGGACUCCCUGGGCUGCCAGAUGAGUCCCCACACCGCGAUCGCCGGCGUGGGAUCGCCGGCGACCGGGUAAGUAGAAAGGACGGCGGGGACAUGCUAUGCCGCCCGCUGGCGUUUAGAGCCAAGUCCCCAAGGACGGCAUAGCACACCCGCCGUCCUUAAGGGGUUAAUAAAAUGGAAAAAAAAAAUAGGACACUCUUCACACAUGAAGUGUAUACUUGGAAUGUUCCUUUUAAGCAAGUAACAGUAGCCAGUGUGUGUAAUACAAUAAAUCUAUAUUUUUAUUAUUAAAUAUUUAUUUAUUUUCUUCUUUCUCUGUUUUCCAGGCAUUGAUUUCAAGAUUCGCACCAUAGAGCUAGAUGGAAAGAAGAUUAAACUUCAGAUAUGGUAUGUAGGAUCAAAGGAAGUGUAUAUCAGUGACCCUAUGUACUUGUAUAGUGUGAAGGCGUCACUGGGACAUGUGUAUCCCUUAUGCUGCCUGAGGUUAGUGGGAGUUGCACUCCCAAGCAAUAGAUGUCGCCGUGUUUAUCCUAGUAAGUAAAACAGCUGCCACUAACCUCGGGCAGCACUGGAUUGCUGUCAAAGAAAAGUCUUCUACUUAAUCCUUUCACCAUCCUAACACUUUGCACUACACUUAAAAAUCUGUAUUAUCCCAACACUCUACAGCAGGGGUAGUCAACCUGCAGCACGCCAGAUGAUUUGGAGUACAUGGCCCAUAAUGCUUUUACAGCCAUAGUGUCUGCAAAGCGUGAUGGGAGAUGUAGUCCAGAACAUCUGGAGAACCAAUGGUUGCCUACCCCUGCUCUACAAUAUCACUAAACGUUAACCCUACACCAAUACUAAAUAUUACUAGUACAAACCUAUUACUCUAUGUUGCUACUAACCUAAUGGUGAGGCAUGUGUGACAGAGCUCCCUGUACCCCGGCUGAGUACCUCCAUCAAGUCCGCUGCCUAGCCGUUUGCUGGGACCCAGGAACGCUUUGGCCCCAGUUGCCACAGCUUGACUGGGGGCCUUCUGGAGCUUAUGCACCUGACCAGAUAACAGCUCUCUCAUUUUCAGGCAAGUAUAGUCCCCUCUACCUAAUCCACUGCAGCUCUUCUUCCAGACAGGUAUUGUCCCCUCUGCCUAUUCCACUGCAGCUCUGCUUACAGCGAUUAUAGUUAUUGCCUUUUCAAAGGCACUUGCAGCUCUCAUGCUUAACUCUCUUUAAUUAUGCCAGGCCUAGAGGGAUCCUGCAACCAGGCCUGAAGACUCUGUUACUAGGAUCCCUAAAAAUCCACACGGGACACAAGUUCCAAAAGGAACUGACAAACAAAACUUUCUCAGGACUAGCCCAUAGAUUUAUUACAUCUAGAUUGCUGUGACAAUUCAAAUAAAAUACAAAUAACCAAAUCAUAGCAGACCACAUACAGCAACUUAUUAUAACACAAUGACAUAUUUAUAAGGAGGGGUAUUAAUUAACACACAAUAUCUCUCUUGCCUGCAGAAUUAGCAAUAUGCAAAUCUACCCAAAUAUGCAAAUUAGCAAGCCUUGCUAUUCAGGUAGUGCAUAUAGCUGUAACCAACGGAGGGCGCUAUACAGGCUCCUAGUUGGUACCAAGCAUUAGCAGGACAGGAGAGCACACAAACCAUUAACAUAAAAACAUAAUACAUUACACACACCCUGCACCUACAAUGAGCACAGGGUGACUUAAAGGAUCACUAUAGUGUCAGGAAAACUAAGCGGUUUUCCUGACACUAUAGUGCCCUGAGGGUGCCCCCGCCCUCAGGGUCACCCUCCCGUGGCGCUGAAGGGGUUAAAACCCUUUCAGCAGCUUACCUUUUUCCAGCGCCAGGCUCCCUCGGCGCUGUUGACCUCUUCUUCCCCACUGACGUCAGCGGAGCCGAAUGCGCUGCAAGUGCCGCGCGCGCAUUCAAAGUCUCCAUAGGAAAGCAUUUUUCAAUGCUUUCCUAUGGACGCUCUGCGUGAUGGAGGCAUUAAAUGCCUCCAGCAUCGCAGAUGCACCUGUAGUGGCUGUCCAGAAGACAGCCACUAGAGGCUGGCUUAACUCUGCAAUGUAAACAUAGCAGUUUCUCUUAAACUGCUAUGUUUGCAUCUGCAGGGUUAAAACCUGAGGGACCUGGCACCCAGACCACUUCAUUGAGCUGAAGUGGUCUGGGUGACUAUAGUGUCCCUUUAAACAUUGGAGUCAUCCAGGGAUCUAAUUGAAGUGUCCAUCUUAUUUUGCCAGUGAUGGUGACUACCGUUACAGCAUGUAUUAGGAAAAAUAAUGGGGUCUUGGCCUCCCCGAAACAUUUAUGAUCUACAAACCAGUUACCGUAUAUACUCAUGUAUAAGUCGAGACAUUUUAGUCCUAAACUUCAUUUUAAAGUCAACUAAUCCACGGGUCAGUGCUAGUUCUAAUAGAAUUUUGUACAGCAUUUAUGCUUUACCGUUAUCCCAGCUGGUCGGGAAUUUGAUCGGGCAGGGAUACAAGUUUCAGCGGGGUUCGUGGGCUUGUGUAGCCGACUCAGAGAUCCAUGCCGUCGACGACCAUGUACUGCUGCCUGGGUUCAGGAGACGAAGAUGUGCAUUCGUAUAUACGAAUGGCCGCCAACCAGGGAAUGCUUGUUUGCAGUUAACAGCAAGGAGUGGUCGGUGAUUACGAGGUGUUAACAAGGGGGACCACACAGUCUGUUUGGCUGAGGACGUCCAGCGUCAAAUAAGUGCGAUUUACUCUGUUUUUUUUUAUUCAGGGUGAAUUUAUUCAGGGUGACAGCCACUAGAGGCUGGAUUAACCCUGCAGUGUAAACAUAGCAAUUUCUCUGAAACUGCUAUGUUUUCAGCUGCAGGCUUAAAACUAGGGGGACCUGGCACCCAGACCAUUUCAUUGAGCUGAAGUGGUCUGGGUGCCUAUAGUGGUCCUUUAAGGCAUGCCCCUUUAGCGUUUAAUUCUAAGAAGUGCAUUGUGGGAGGCUGCAGAAAUUAUGUUGGUUAUUUUGUAUAUAUGUUGUACCUCCAAGAUUUGUUUGUCAAUAAUCAUUUUUAUUCAGAAUACAUGUUCGGUAUUACAGUAAAGAGAAAAUGGUGUACAUACCUUGCUAAAGAACUUCUCUCAGUAAGAGGCCAAUGGGGGAGAUGGCAGAGGGGCCCAGAGUGUCCCUUUUUAAUAUAUUUUAUCUAGCUAAUGCAUGGAAAGCGGUCUGGGGUUUGGAACGGUGGGCAGGUAACUUUUUAUUAUUUGUUUGUUUCAUUGUUGUAAAAGAUACCCAAGGAAAUGGGCGCAUCGAUUUAAACUUUAUGACCCAACGCAUAAACAUGUACUUGAAGUCGAAUAAUUUUAGAAUACAAGUGUUUACAUAGCUUUGAGGAUUCAGCAAAAAUAAUCAGGAAGGGAGUUUUUCAGAGGAAAAGAACAGGAAGUCAGACACUAAAAUCUGACGGUUCAACAGAUUAGUGUCACUUGCAAAAUGUCCCAUUAAUCAAUAUCGUUUAACAGCUGCCAGUAUAUUGUUUAUUUAUUUUUAGUGCAGUUACGAUGGAUUUCGUUUUGAAAAGUAUUUUUUCUCCCAAACCUGCUCUUUUCCCCUCCCCCAGUCACCCCACGUUACACAUUACUUCCUACAUUCUUGGCUCUCUUUCUCAUUCUAUGAACUAUCCUUUUCUUUUUGCUUCACUUUUAGUUAACGUUUUGAAUAGCUUUUUAUAUUUUAUUAAAAAAAAAAAAAAAACCUGUUGGCUCAGAGUUUUUAGAAUGUAAUUCAGGCUUUUUGAAAAACCUUUCUGCUUUUUCUUUUAUAUGAUUGUAUUAUGCACUCCUGAUGGCGGACUUCAUUAUAUUUUGGUCUCUGUUUGUGCUCACCCCAGGCUAAAUAAUGAAUUUAGAAACACUUUUUUUAUUUUAUUUUUUUUAAAUCUUGCAUAAAACAAGUUGGUUGAUGGUAGGCCUUCACUUCCAUUGGGAACAAGAGGGCACACCCUCAUCACCAUUUAAAAUAAAAAAAAAUGUACACUUUAUUUUAAUUAUGUUUUAUGUUACAUGGGUUCCCUAUUGAAAUGUACUUAAAGGGUAGGUCCAAGAACCAUAACCACUUCAAUAUAAUGUACUGCAUUUUGUGCAGGGUGUCUUUGUGCAGUUUCUGCAGGCCUU